CGGGACUCAGAGUUUAAGGCUCCUCUCCCAUAGAGCAACUCUGCACAACCCAAGCAGACCAACUUUGGGACUUUGAAUGAACGUAUUUACAUCCACCUUUCUCUUCAUGUCGACUUUUCUGGAAACAUUCACACGGAUGCCAUGGUUACUCCUACCACGAUCUUACAGGUGAACAAGGUGAUGUCCAUCUUGUUUUAUGUGAUAUUUCUCGCUUACCUUCGUGGCAUCCAGUCUUCCAACAUGGAUCAAAGGAGUUUGCCAGAAGAUUCAAUAAAUUCUCUUAUUAUUAAACUCAUUCAGGCAGACAUUUUAAAAAACAAGCUUUCUAAACAGAUGGUAGACAUUAAGGAAAACUAUCAAAACACGGUGCAGAAAACAGACACUCAGCAAGACAUGGACGGAGAGGAAAAUGUGAAAUCAGACUUCCAGCCAGUUAUCUCAGUGGAUACAGAUCUCUUGAGGCAGCAGAGACGCUACAACUCCCCCCGAGUCCUCCUGAGUGACAACACGCCGCUGGAGCCACCGCCACUGUACCUCAUGGAGGAUUACAUCGGGAAUUCCGUGGUGGUGAACAGAACCUCCCGGCGGAAAAGGUACGCGGAGCACAGGGGCCACCGGGGGGAAUACUCCGUUUGUGACAGUGAAAGUUUGUGGGUCACGGACAAAUCCUCUGCCAUCGACAUCAGGGGACACCAGGUGACUGUUCUGGGAGAAAUCAAAACGGGCAACUCUCCGGUUAAGCAAUACUUUUACGAAACGAGGUGUAAAGAGGCCAAACCGGUAAAAAACGGCUGCCGCGGCAUCGAUGACAAGCACUGGAACUCCCAAUGCAAGACAUCCCAAACUUAUGUCAGAGCACUGACUUCAGAAAACAACAAACUGGUGGGCUGGAGGUGGAUAAGGAUAGACACCUCCUGCGUGUGCGCCUUGUCCAGGAAAAUAGGAAGAACAUAGAUCUGCAUCUCUUUGCUAUAUAAAUUAUUACUUUA